AUGGUAUUGGUAGCCAAAGCAUUCAGUUCUAAACCAUGGCUCCUUUUAAGAGCAAAUCCAAGGCCUUACAAAAAUACUGCAACUGGUUCUCAUUUUUGCCCAUGGAGCCUGGGCCCUGUAGUUAGGCCGUUCUCUGCCAGUGGCUCUAUGAAGCCGAAGAGUUUUGGGCAUGCAGUGCACGGAGUUGCUCUAAACAGAUCUCUUCUACUCGAUCCUCCGCCCCCUGCAAGAAGAAGAGAGCGCAUCCUCCAAACCUUGAGUUUCCCGGCAAUCUUGGAGCUCUGCAUUGCCACCACGUGUUAUGCUGAUCGUCCAUUCGCGGUACUCCUUACGGAUGGUGAGCCCAUCAUCUCUUCCAAUCUUUCGAAAGAUUCUGUUGGUAAGUGCCUGGAGCUGGUUGCCUUCUUCUUGCUGGCAGACGAUGGAACUGGUGGAACUGGAGUCUGGUCCGUGUUACUAACACGGACCACUGUUCAGAAUAUUCUCGCACGGAAUAUUCUGGUUUUAGGGCGCACGGCAUCACACGACAAUCCAGCCAGGGUGCACCAUUUCAGGGCACAGCAGCAGCAAUCCAAGGCAAACAAGCAUGGCGCAGCAAUCCAGCAUACUGCGAAAGCAUCCUUCUUCGUGAGGUGGGAUGAGGUAAGUGUUCUUGAGAGCAGGGGGCAUGGCCACAAAUUAUGGUCAUGCAAAUACUGCCCAAUGGUGAACAAACUGAGUGGUGUUGAUCGUGUGAGAGCUCAUCUGUUAGGAGAAGGCCCAGGCAGCAAGGAUAUUGUGAGUUGUCCUCUCAUCCCAGGUAACAAGAAAGCGGAUCUGCUCAAUAUGCAAAAGGUUAUUGAUUCCGAGAAAGGGGCAAGGGGGAAGAAACGGCCGAAUGAAUCUAGUGGUGCUUCUAUGAGAAUGGAUGGCAAUGUCCAAGGAUUUCCACCGGUGGUAUCAUCCCAGUCAAGUGGAAGUGGCUGUAGUUUCCUGUUUUUUAGCAAACAGAGUCAAGUCCAUAUUGUUGAUUCGAUGGAUCCUGAGCGGAAGAACCGAGUUGAUGUGGCUAUUGGAAGAUUUUUCUGGAAUGAACACAUUCCAUUUGUCAAGGCUCGGUCACCUUACUUCCUCAACAUGAUACAGGAAGUUGCCAGGCAUGGUGUGCCUUAUGCACCACCAAAAUAUGAUGAUCUCCGGGAUAAGCUUUUGGUGAAAGAGAAACGAUUCAUUGACAUUGAGAUGGCGUCCUUGAGGAAGCAGUGGGAGCAGAGGGGUGCAACCAUAUGCGCAGACGGGUGGGCAGAUAGGAGGAAUUGGCAUAUCAUGGGGCUUGUGGCAUAUAGUCAAGGACGAGGAGCUUUUUUGAAGGCUAUCGACAUUUCCUUAACAAGAAAAACAGCUGAAAAUACUCUGCGCUGCUGGGAAGAAGGCAUUAACAUUGUAGGUGCAGAGAACGUUGUCAUGGUUGUGACCGAUGGGGAAAAUGCAAACAGAGCAGCAGCAGCACUUUUGCAACAGAGGUACCCGAAAAUUCAAUGGGCAGCAUGUUUUGCCCAUUGCUUGAACAAUGCCUUGAAAGACUUCUGUGUACUUCCAUGGAUGGCAACACUUCUGGAGCGUGGAAAGUCUUUGGUGAUCUUCGUUAGAAACCACUCUCAUAUAGUGGCACUGCUGGCGGAGUUUACUCACAAGCAAUUGCUGCGUUAUUGUGAUACCAGGUUCGGCUACAACUUCAUUAUGAUGGAGAGGCUGGUGGAGCUCCGAGAAGCUUUACAACAGAUGUUCGUAUGCCCUGCGUACAGAGCAAGGCCUGAGUCAAAGUCGAGAGCAGGAAGGGACAGUUAUGCAACGGUUUUUGAUGACAGUUUCUGGCAACAGGUUAAGGACAUGCUAAAGGUGUCCAAGGAUGUUAUGCUACUUCUUCGUGUUGUGGACGGUGAUAUACCUGGGAUUGGAAAGAUAUAUGAGUGCAUGAACAGGUUGGAUGCAAGUUUAGAGGAAGGACAGUCGGAUUAUGGCAGGUACAAGGAACUUUAUCAGAUCAUGUCUAAUAGGUGGCAUGAGUAUCACUCGCUCAUGCACUCAAUGGCGUACAUGUUGGACCCCGAGUUUCAGGAGUAUGAAAAGCAUGCUAACAGAGAGGUCAUGAAGGACUGGAAUGCUUAUCUGCUGGCCAUGUUUACAUCCAGUGAGAGGGAUGUGAUACGUGAUGAGCUUUUAACUUACCGGAGGAUAGGAGGCAUUUUCAACUCAUAUGAUGCUAAGGCUGAUCGCACUAAGAGGGGAGCUGUACGUUGGUGGGAGGACUAUGGUUAUGAAACUCCAGCUCUUCAGAAGUUGGCCAUUCGAGUUCUAAGUUAG